UAUUUCCCACCAUGCCCAGCCUCCGAGCCGCCAAUUUUCCAAUGUUGGUUGCGAAGAGACGCUCACACUCCUACUGGGGGUGUACCGUGGGCGGUGCUGUGUUGUGCAGGAGUCAGGGUGCCCCGGUGGUGUCCUGUCAGUAUAAUGGUUGAAGUGAGAUGACCCAAAAUGGCGGAUGAUUAUAAUUGACCUCCAUCAAUAAUAAUGAAUGAAGGAGUAGUAACCAUCAAAAGGGAGGCAGAGGAUUUGCUAGAUGCCUCACAGCAUACAAGUGUUGUGGUGGUAGAGGAGGGGAGGGGGGCACUGACGGUGGUUCUUCCCGACGGCACACAGGCCAUUGUGCACAACACCAUCGCUGAGGAACCUCAAGCAGAUGAUGUGGAGGGUGUGGCUAUCCAGCUGGAUGAUGGGAGGAUAGGAUAUAUCUGUGGGGAAACACUUCUGCAGGCCACAUCAGAGGAACAGGACCCACUGCGCCUUAACUCUAAGUUUCCCUGUACCUUUCCAAACUGUGACAAGACCUACUCCUCUAUAAACCACCUGAGAACCCACCAGCGUAAUCACACAGGACAGCGCCCCCACAUCUGUCACACGUGUAAGAAGCGCUUCACCACAGGCUAUGCCUUGAAGUCUCACUUGCGCACCCAUACUGGAGAGAAGCCUUAUAAGUGUCCAGAAGAGCAGUGUGCCAAGUCUUUCAAAACCUCAGGAGAUCUGCAAAAACAUGUCCGCACUCACACAGGUGAACGACCCUUCAAGUGUGAAAUGUGUGAGAAAUCUUUCACAACGUCUAACAUAAGAAAAGUGCACAUGAGGGUCCACACUGGAGAGAAGCCAUAUGAGUGUCAACACGAGGGAUGUGGGAGAAAGUUUGCUUCAGCUACGAACUACAGGAACCAUUGUCGUAUUCACACGGGGGAAAAGCCUUAUGUUUGCUCUGUCCAGAACUGUGGCAAAAGAUUUACAGAAUAUUCAUCUUUGUACAAACAUCACAUGGUCCACAAUCAGCAGAAGAGAUUUUACUGCAGUCAUUGUGGGAGAUUUUAUAGACAAUUGUCAACAUUAUCUGUUCAUAAACGAACUGUUCACAAUAUAAUAGAGAAUGAUGAGGGACAGAUGCUAUGGAUGCAGACAGGACUAGAUCUCUUGACUGAGGAUCAGGAUGGGAAUGAGGUGACCAUACAGGAAGGGUCUGCAAUAGUGCCUGCAGCAAGCACCUCCACCAGUACCAGGACUGUGCAUCUCCCUGCAGGGAUGGUGGUGAAGAAGGAAGAACAGAUCAUUCCUGCAUCCAUGUUAAGCACCCAGCUGACCAUACAAGAUGACUGUAUUCGGAUGCCAGCCGUGGAGCUGAAUGGUGUGAUAGCGAGUGAGGCUGAGCCUGAUGGAGUGCUGCAGGAUGACCAGGCCACAUUGGGUAAUCUGGAGCUGGAUGGCAGUGGAAAUGGAUCAAUCUUUGUGUUUACUGAUCCUACAAACCUGGCAGCUCUACAGCUGGCAAUGGCAGGACCAACAGAGAAUGAUGCAGGUGUGGGAGACACAGUGGAGGUUAUUCGACUAGAUGAUUUUGCCAGUGUUGCGGAAUCUACCAUCACUGAGGAUGAAUCAGAAACUGUUUCCUUGAAACCUGAAUUAAAUGGACAAAAAGGGAAACUAAUUGUUAUAAAGGGAGUGAGCCUGAAAGAAGAAAAGUCAUAAGAAUAAGUCUGAAAAAGGUAAAAGUCAUCUAGUUUUUUUAUUUUGAUAUGGUAUGUAUUGCUCAGUAGAUAGAUAGAAUCAAUCCACUAAAAUAUUCUUGCCUACAAGUGUAAUUGAUAAGGAGAAAGAUUGUGUGUGAUAUCAAUUACUGGGUAAGGACAUUGCACUGAACCUUGUUAAGUGUGAUGUCCUGUGGUUAUUUGGUCAAAUCUGAGUAACACAAACAAGUCAUAAGAAAACGUAUGUACAAAAAGGAGAAUUUCAGUAUGUGGUACUUACUUUUUUCUACUCUUAUAAUUUUCAAGUCUCUUGCAUUCCAUGUAUACUGAAGCUAGUAUUCUAGACGUAUAUCUUGACAGUCUCCAAAUCCUAAUAUUUGUGUUCUCCAUUGAAAUGGUGAAACUUUUUGACCCACCCUCAGGUUUCAUAUACUGAGAAGUAUAAUUUCAUGAAAGUAGAGGGAAAACUAUGCACUUUGUAUCUUUUAAAUAUGGGCUCCUCUCAUCAUUUCAUUCCAUUGUAUAUUUCAUAGACUGAUUUUUUAAAUGUUUAUUUUCAUCAUUAUUAUUAUUAUUAUUAUUAUUUUUUUUUUUUUUUUUUUUUAUUAAUUAAUCUAUUUUUUUUAAGGCUGUGAUCAAUUCAUACAUUCCUGAACAUAUGGAUUUUUGAAAAAAUUAUUUUAUUAUUUAUUUUAUGUAUUUAUUUUUUAUUUAUUUUUAUUUUUUUUCCCUAAACCAGUGGUUCUCAGACUUUUCUUGGGUAAGUACCUUUUAGAGGUCCGGUACACUCCUUGCAUACCACUUGGUUCAAGAAAAACUCAAUUCUAGCAAAUAGAGCACAAAUGAACUAACAGCAAGGAACACACCUCAAUUCAAUGCAAGGGAUGCAUCUGUUUCUUCUCCACCAGCUGAUCAAUGCCAGAUUAUCUUGUGUAAGGCAAUAUUUUUUUUUAUGAGAAAUGAAUUAAGUUUAACUGAAACUUGUGUAUGAUCCUGAAAGUGCUCUUGUACCACCUAGAAGGCCUUCACAUACCUCUGGUGGUACGUGUACCACAGGUUGGAAACCACUGAUCUAAACCCUCUGUCUUUGUCUCUUUGUGUUGUUUUUUCACAGCUUGGAGAAGAUGCAGAAACUUGUUACCUAUGGGAAAUUUUCUUUGUUUUGAUUAUGAAAAGUUUUAAUCAUUACCUUGAAAUGUGAUUUAACUUCAUUAUUCAUUUUCCUUUCAUGCAAAUACGUAUGCAAGUUUUGUGCACACUCAGUAUUGAUCUUUGCAGGGAUCUGGUUGAUGGUUUAUUGAUGCUUUGACAAUCUUAUAUUAUUUUCUUUUUUGCAAUAGUAAGUUUAAUGCAAAUCUGUAAUACAUACAUACUAUGAAACAGCAUUGUAUUUAAAGCACACAAGUACACUUACUGAUUCAGUUUCCAGGGAUGUUAAGAAAUAGUCAGUACAGAAUAGUGAAUCUAAAACAUGAUAUACUCGUGAUGGACUUUUCAUUCUUGCUUGUAGUAAUUUUAUCCAGUCUUGACUUCAGCACUCACUCUUCUGCUGUGUCUGUCACUGUACCCUGCCUGAUGUACAGUAAACUGAUCUGUUUAGGUGGUUCUGUAGUCUGCAUCCUCAGUAUUAGUCUACAUUAUUCUGAAGAAACUAAAAAAAAAAAUAGUUAUGAUAUUAUCCUCCUUUCAUGGCACAGUAUUACCAAUUUAUUCUUAUCUUUUUUCAAGUUAACAAAGGAAAUGGUGGCUGUAAUUUUUACCAGGAUUUCACUAGUUAUGAGUCAAAGUGUUUCCAGAUAUGAUCCAUAGAUGUAGUGCCUGUACAAGGAUGAGUGUCGAGAUUGUUUUGAUGACUUGCCAUUAGUGUGAGAGAAAUACCUGCAUUGAAGGAGUUACAGGCAAUUUGACCUGGAAAAGUGAAGAUUUUUCAUAUACAGUGGGUACAAGUUUUGAUUUCAGUCUAUUGGUUGUUUUCUAGUAGUGGUUUUCUCCAUCCAAUGACAUACUCUUUUAUUACAAACAUUUCAUCAUCACCUGAAGUGUCCUUCAGAUUUAGUAUGAGUUCAGAUCUUGGUCGGGAUUAAUUGUCUGGUAUCCACCCUUGUGCAAUUGGCUGGCACUUACUGCUGUUUCCAGACAAGUUGUACUCAUAUGUGGUUAAUGAAUUGGCUGUGUCUACCAGAGUAGUGGCUGAGUAACCUGUCAGGAAAUGGGGCUUAAAGUCAAGUGUUUCCUGAUCUUUGCCUUAAUUUCCUGUGGAGGACAAAAGUUUUCUAGUUUGUGUUAUUUAGUCUGUAUAUAAAAAAAUUCUCUCUCUCUCUCUCUCUCUCUCUCUCUCUCUCUCUCUCUCUCUCUCUCUCUCUCUCUCUCUCUCUCUCUCUCUCUCUCUCUCUCUCUCUCUCUCUCUCUCUCUCUCUCUCUCUCUCUCUCAACACAAAUUAAAAUACAGGAAUACAUAUAAGACAUGUAUUGUAAGACUUCAUGCUGUAAAGAAAAUGGCUUUGAAAUUUAUUAAUUUAUUUUCUGUUGGUGUCUUAUUAUAGCAAGCUGGUGUUGUAAAACUAUGCUAUUAGUUUUGCAUUACUGGGACUUACCACCCAACUUCUUCUAAUGUAUGUAGAGCACCUCACUUGUGUCUUAUUUAAAGUGUAUAUGAAACUGGUGACUCAUGUGAGGGUGCAGUUUAACUUCCAUAAUGAGAUGUAGUAUAUGACAUUCUUGGAGUGCCACUACAGCUACAUUAUGGUAAGAACAGUGAAGAGGUUCUCAUUGAUACAAAUUGUUCACUAGUGUUGAUCUGACUUUUUAAAUAAGAUUAUUAUAAAAUAAAAUUUUAUUGGAAAAUUUCUCAAAGUAGUGGUAUUCUACCAUCAGAUAUAGUUUAAUUUCUCUCUGCCAGAAUUUCCCUACUUAUUUUCAUUUGCUUUAAGAGUAUAAAGAUGUUUUAAUGGUUAGACAUGGAAAACUGUCAAACACACUGUUUGAAGCACAUAGUGUACAACAUUUGUUAUUAAACAUGACAAGAACCAGAACACUAGAACUGUCAGUCUUCUGGCAUAGGAGAGGAGCUGAAGUGGAUGCUGAGUUGUGUCUGACAUUUAAUGUAUAUAGUGUAUAUAUGCUGAUUCUCAAAUGUAUUACAAAAAUGGUUGCAGAAUGUGUUAUAGUUGUAUCUAUGGAGCAAAUUGUGUGUGUGUGUGUGUUUGUGUUUGUGUGUGUUAAUUUGUGUAAAUUAGAAAUAUUUAUUAGGAAAUAUUUGAUUUUUAUCAUUGUAUGAUAUAUAAGAUGCAUGUUCCUACAUUACAGGAAAUUUAACAUC